AUGUCCUCCAUCAAAAUCGAAUCUGUUGUGAAGGAGAAGAACAGGAUGGGAGAGUGCCCUGUCUGGGAAGAAAGGGAGAGUGCACUUGUCUACGUGGACAUCAACUCACAGAAAGUUUGCCGCUGGAGCCCACUCACCAACGAGGUGCAGAGCGUGUCUGUGGAUUCCCGUGUGGGCUCGGUGGCGCUGCGGCAGCGCGGGGGCUACGUCCUUGCCCUGGGGAGAAGGUUUGCCUGCCUGGACUGGGACACUCAGGCUGUCACCACUAUCCUCGAGCUCGAGCAGGAUAAGCCCAACAACAGGUUCAAUGAUGGGAAAGUGGAUCCGAAGGGCAGGUUUUUUGCUGGUACGAUGGCCGAAGAGACGGCACCCGGGGUCCGAGCGAGGCGGCAAGGAGCUCUCUACACCCUUUUCCCUGACCAUUCAGUAAUCAAACAGUUAGACCAGGUGGACAUCUCCAAUGGUCUGGACUGGUCCUUGGACCACAGGACCUUUUUUCACAUCGAUAGCCUGGCAUAUGCUGUGCAUGCCUUCAGCUAUGAUGUGCACACUGGAAAGAUCGCCUGCCCCAAACUUUUGUACCAUCUAGAAAAGGAGGAGCAGAUGCCUGACGGGAUGUGCAUUGAUGCAGAAGGGAAGCUCUGGGUGGCCUGUAUUGAUGGCGGGAGAGUGAUCCGUAUAGACCCAGAGACAGGAAAAAGAAUCCAAACUGUGAGGCUUCCUACUCCAAGGAUCACCUCUUGCUGCUUUGGGGGAAAAGACUACUCAGAAAUGUACGUCACGUCUGCAUACGAUGGACUGGACAAGACUGCCCUGGCCAAGGAACCUCAUGCAGGAGAGAUUUUCAAGAUAACAGGUCUGGGGGUGAAAGGGAUCCCACAGAAUUUCUAUGCUGCUUGACCAUGGACACCAAACAACAAAGAAGAAAUGUCUGCAUCUUGUAGUAACCCUGACAAGGAGAUGUCCAAUGAACUACAGAAUGUAUCUGUGUGAGGAUUUCUACACCCACAUUUGAGAGCAUGCUUGCUUGGAAUUGAAGAUACUUCUUCUGUGGGCCAGUGGUUUGAUGAAAUAGGUUAGAGAGGUAAAAUUAAUAUGUGUUACACCUUGAUAGCUUUUGUGACUUUCCAUAAAUCUAUUUGAGCUCAAGAUUAGUUUGUCUGAAAUUUCUGAUGACUGGCUCUGGAUUUUCAAGUCUGUGUGGUUCCUGAAGCAGGAUCUGACUCCUGGUUUGCCUUUUCAUGUUACAGUGAUGUACCAGCAAUGACAUGGCAGAUUUUAAUAAACACUUUUAAGAGUGAUGACUUGA